AUGGGAAAUGAGAAAUUUGUAACUUCAAGCAUGGUGCAAGAUCCAUAUGUUCUCUCAAAGUUGUUACAAAACGAUGAAGCAUUACGGUUUAUGCAGCCAAUCCGAGGAACACCAGCAUAUUGGUCAGCUGCUCAAAAGGAUCUUUUCGCUAUGCUCCGCCAAUUAGGUAUUCCAACCUGGUUUUGCUCUUUCUCUGCUGCUGAACACAGAUGGAAUGAUGCAGUUAGAUCGAUAUUGAGACAGCAAAAUGAUGUUAGAGAUCCAGAAAACUUAGAUUGGUCUGAAAAAAAUGAGACAUUAAGAAAGAAUCCAGUGACUGUUGCAAGGAUGUUUGAACACAGAUUUCACGUCUUUCAGAGAGAUGUUAUAUCGUCUCCAGCUCAGCCAAUUGGAAAAGUUGUUGAUUACUUUCAAAGAGUUGAAUUUCAACAGAGAGGAUCACCUCAUAUGCAUUGCUUGUAUUGGGUAGAAAAUGCACCUAAACUAGACGAACACGGAGAAGAGUCUGUUUGCGAUUUCAUAGAUAAAUAUGUUUCUUGCGAAUUGCCAUCAGAGACUGAGGACCCAGAAUUAAGAAAUAUUGUCCUAGCAGUACAGCAACACAGUAAGAAACAUUCAAAAUCUUGUAGGAAGAAAGGGACAGAAUGCAGAUUUAACUUUCCAAGACCCCCCUCUCUACGCACAUUUAUUAGUUCACCCUAUGAAGACGACAGCACAGAAAAUAGCCAAGAGACUAUAUCUGGGAAAACCUCUGCAAAACAAGUAUUGAUGCGUGUCUGGGAUGAAGUACAAAACGAGUCAAAUGCAUUAAAAAGCUCUGAAGAAAUUUUUAGCAAUCUUUCAUUGUCCCAAGAACAGUACGAACAUGUGCAUAACAUGCUGACAAAAAAAAGAUCUAUUGUCCUUCGAAGAAAUCCCAGCGAACUAUGGAUUAAUCAGUACAAUCCUUGCCUUUUGAAAUGUUGGGAUGCGAAUAUGGAUAUUCAAUUUGUACUUGAUCCAUUUAGCUGUAUUGUAUAUAUCAUUUCCUACAUUUCGAAGUCAGAGAGGGAAAUGGGGAUGUUAUUGAAACAAACAAAGCUAGAGGCAGAAGAAGGAAAUCUUGAUGCACGUAAUACCUUGAAGAAAAUAGGUUCAGCAUAUUUACACCAUAGAGAAGUUAGUUCACAAGAAGCUGUGUACAGAGUUUGUAAUUUAAAGAUGAAAGAGUGUUCAAGAAAAGUUGUAUUUGUGCCUGUAGGUGAAAAUCCGACCCGGUUAAGUAAACCACUUUCCCAGCUAAAAAGACAGAAAGGGGAACAGCAUGAUAAUGAAAGCGAACAAGAUGAUGAUGAAAACGAGAUUUGGAUGACCAAUAUAAUAGAGAGAUAUGAAAAUCGACCAGAUAAACCACUGUUUCAUGACAUGUGUCUGGCAGAAUUUUGCUCAGCAUUCAGAGUCUUGGCUAAAUCCCAGAUUCCAAAAACUGAAAAUGAACAUGUAUUUGAAUUACAAAAUUCAAAGGGGUAUGUACAGAAGAGGACAAGAACACAGCCAGCUGUUAUAAGGUAUCCAAGGUUCAACGCAGAAAAGAUGCCCGAAAAAUAUUACCGGUGUUUAUUACAGCUUUUUCUUCCACAUUGGAAUGAAGCACAGCUAAAACCACCAGGAUUUGAUUUAUACGAGGCGUUUUAUGAAAAUGGUCACAUAAGAAUCAAAGGUAAAAAACGUGUCGAGUCUGUAAAAUCAAUAGUUGACGUAAACCAUGCAAAGUAUGCAGAAAAUGAGGAUGUGAUUACUGAAGCUCAGGAGACGUUUGAAAGCAUUGGAGAACCGGAAGAUGCUUGGUCAAGCCUUUGUCCAGAGUCAGAAGCAGUGAGGCAGGAAUGUAUCAAAGAGAAAAAUGAAAUUCAAAGUUUAGAUGAUCAAAUUAAAGAAGCAAUUCCUGAUAUUCAAAGUCAGACAAAUUCUGAUGUGCUUUAUCAAAUUCAGCAGAAUAAUCAUUCAAAGUAUGAAGCAUUAUCCAUCCUGCAAAGUCUUAAUGGAACGCAAAAGGAGGUAUUUUACCAUGUACGUGACUGGUGUUUAAAGAAAAUUGCUGGAGAUAAACCCGAUCCACUCCAUAUUUUCUUAACUGGAGGAGCAGGUACAGGAAAGAGCCAUGUCAUCAAAGCCAUAGAGUAUGAAGCAACACGAUUAUUUUCACGGAACAUGUCCUCACCUGAUAGUUUUUCAGUAUUACUGUCAGCUUUUACCGGAACUGCAGCAUUUAACAUAGGUGGAAAUACGCUUCAUCACGUGUUUUCCUUGACGAAGUAUUUGCCCUUACCAUACCAACCGUUGAAAGAACAGAGUCUAAGCGAGAUAAGGGUUCACCUGAAAGACUUGCAGAUUCUUGUGAUAGAUGAAGUAUCUAUGGUUUACAAAAGACUUCUUUAUUACAUUCACGAAAGGCUCGUUCAAAUCAAGAAGUGUAAAGAACCGUUUGGCGGUGUAAGCGUUGUUGCUGUAGGUGACUUUUACCAACUCCCUCCAGUUAAACAGCGGAAGGAUGAAAGACUUUUUAAAGAAAACACUUCGUAUCCUGUGGACUAUUGGCGAGACUUCUUCCAAGUCGUUGAACUUGGUGAAAUUAUGAGACAGCGUGAAGAUAUACCUUUUGCGGCAGCUUUGAACUCUCUCCGAAUUCGAGAAGCAGAUCAACAAUUAUCAACUGAAGCACAAGCUAUGAUACAUGAUUGUAUAAGAGAGGGUCCAGAGGACGUACUUCAUGUAUAUCCAACAAACGAAGAAGUUAACAACUACAACCUCUCCAUGUUAAGGAAAAGUUGCGAUGAUCUAAUCGAAAUCAAUGCAAAAGAUUUCCAGAAAAAUCCAACAAAUGGAAAACUUAUUUUGAGAGAAAAACCAUUCACAAGCUCGAAAACAGAUACUCUUUGCAGUACGUUACUCCUGGCUAUUAAUGCAAGAGUGAUGCUUACAAGAAAUAGUAAUGUGGAAGACGGAUUGGUAAAUGGAGUGAUGGGCUACAUUUCUCACAUAUCAUUUGAAAAGGAAUCAUCUAACAUUUCAGCUAUAGGAGUGGUUUUUGACAACAAAAAUGUUGGUAAAAAAUCGGGGAAACAAACACAAAAGGGAAAUGUAGUUUUAGUACAGAGAGUUCAGGAAGAGAUUGUUGAAAGAAAAUCAAAGACAUUUGUAAGACACCAAUUUCCCUUGCGAUUAUCCUGGGCAUGCACCGGUCAUAAAGUCCAGGGAAUGACAGUCGAAUAA